CUGUCGCAGUAAGCACGUUAUUGAGGUCGAACGCAGUAAGAUGGAGGAUUUUUCGCCUUCCUUCAGAAGUGCCUUGGAGAAGCUUUUGCGGACAUUCUACGAAUUGAACGUCGAAAAAUCACCAGCUCAGGACAGUCAAGCUUCGCAAGACCCUCCCAACUCCGUGUACAUUGAACGGUACAACCGAUCCAUCGCAUCUUUAAAUCGGAUGUACGAUCUAUACGCGGACAAUUACAAAUGCUUGAAGUACUACAACUGGCUUGCGGAUGAGCAGCUGACCACGCUGCAUCACCUCUCUAGCGAGAUGCAUGCAAUAUUGAACGAACAACAAAAUAUAAACGACGAGUUGCAGAAUUUGAACGAGAAGCUCAGCCGUAUUGCCAAUUUAAGCGAAAAGUUGAAUGACUCCUUGACAAAUCUCAAACAAUUAGACAACGCUUGAAAUAAAAGAAUGCGUAC